GAAGCAAACUUCUAAUGGGAAAUGGUGAAAGUGCCAUCAUCAGUCACUUUGGUAAUUCUCUUUUUCAAGCUCCUGAUCAAACAAAUGUUUUCAUUCUGAAAAAUCUUUUACAUGUGCCUAUGAUAAGCAGAAAUCUUCUUAGUGUCUCACAAUUUGCAAGAGACAAUAAAGUAUUCUUUGAAUUUCAUCCAAAUGUCUGCUUUGUUAAGGAUCAACAAACUCAAGAG